AUGGAAACCUACGCGCCAGGUGAUCGAGUAUGGGUGUAUAUAGAAGGGGAUGGCUGGUGGCCGGCGCGCGUGCUGAGCGACGAGGAAAUGGGCACUCGCACCCCCGGUUUAGAUCUGGCAGUGCAGUUCUACGCUGGCGUGGAGCAGCCGGCGACGUUGUACGAGCUAAACAGCCACGCCGACGCCGCGAACAUCUGCUUCUUCGAAACGUCGUCGGAAAAGGCGGUGACAGGCAACCCCGAGUUGGAGGCAUCGAUCCGCCAUGCCUCUGCAGAUGCUGAGGCGAACCCGCUGAAGUCAGCGUCGGCCAUGGUGGUUGGCACAAGGGUGGCAGCCGGUGGCUCGGGUGCCGCUGGGAACCUGGGUGCCGUGGCCGUCAACCGUGCUGCGGCGAAGCGCGUCCGCGAUACGGGCGACGGUAGCAUGGGAACCUACGACGGUGGCGCUGCUACCUCGCGCCCUGUUUCUGGAUACCAUCACCUGCGCAGCGAGGAGCUUCACGAGCUGUCGAGGAAGAUUUCGUCAGCUGUGGCAGCGCAGGACGUGGCAACGGUGCGCGCGGUGCUCUGCCGGCUAGACAGCGUGGAUGUGUACCUCACGGAGCUGGAGGAUACCAAGAUUGGCGUCGCAGUUGGGUCAGUGCUGAGUCAGCUGGAGCUGAAGCCGCUGUGGCCCCUUGCUCGCGCCAUGGUCUCAUUCUGGGCACGUCAUCUCCCCCCCGAGACGCUCGCAGCAAUCCGCAGCGUGCAGCAACGGCAGCUGUCUUUUCCGCCCAUCGGUGCGUCGGCGGCAGCGUCGGCAACACAGCACUCUAGCCCGCUCGGCAAGCAGCAACGAGUGUCUUUCGCUCUUCCUGGCGAGAGCGCCUUUACGAGCAGUGUAUCUCCAUCCGUGACAACGACAGCAGCUGGAGCGGGAGCAGCAGUGUCUGUGGACUCUGGUGUUGUGGCCUCACCACAGGGCAAGACGUUUUACGACAACGUCUAUCAGCUCCUUGAUAGCCCUCUGAGCACGAUGCGCUAUGACGACGCUGUUAUUGAGAAGGUGGCGCGAAAAUUAGCGGCCGAAAUCACUGACCGCGAUGAGCGUCAGCUGCUACUGCUUCGGCUGCGCGAGGAGGAGCUCUCUUUUAUCCGCGAUAACCUGCUCUCUGGGGAGUGGACACCGAAGAAGUACUUGGAUCAGCCGAAUGAGGUGUUCACCACCAAGAGCGAGAAGGCCCGGCAGGAGCAGCGCAUCCAGGAAAAAAUUAAGGCAAUCGAGGCCGCUGACAAUGCCAGGCUCAACAUCACCGCCCUCUUCAAGUGUGGUCGCUGCGGCAAGCGCCACUGCACCUUCUACGAGCAGCAAACGCGCAGUGCUGAUGAGCCAACAACGAAGUACAUUACCUGUCUAGAUUGCAAGAACACCUGGAUACAGGAAUAG